CUGGGCUGGGGAAGCCAAGCGGCGCUGCUGGAAGGGGCGGGGGGAGGGGGCGGCGGCCGGAGGCGCUUCUGCUGGGGCUGCAGUCGCCGCCGCCGCUGCUGCUGCUGCCGCCGUCGGGCUCCGAAGCCAGCCGGACGCUGAGCCCUCCACCGCUUCCCUCCUCUGGCCCCCGCUCGCCGGCUGCACCAUGAACAGAAGCAGCGGCGCCACGUCUUGCCCUCCGACGGUCCCCGGCGACGGCCACAGCAGCGGGCACGGGCGCCGGGUCUGUAGCAACUGCCGGAAAGUCCUGAGGCAGGAAAAGAAAAUCAGAGUAUCUCUGCCUUUAACAAGAGGACCAAGUGCCUUUAUACCUGAGAAGGAUGUUAUGCAAGCCAAUAGUUUGAAUGAACGUAUGCAUCUGCUGGUGGAAGAAUAUUCUACAUCCGGUCGCCUAGACAACGUCACUCAGGUCAUGAGUUUACACAUUCAGUACCUGGAGUCUUUUCUCCGCAGUCAAUUUUAUAUGUUGCGUGUGGACGGUCCUCUUCCUUUGCCCUACAGGCACUACAUAGCAAUCAUGGCUGCUGCCAGGCACCAGUGUUCCUAUCUAAUAAAUAUACACGUGGAGGAGUUCCUGAAGACUGGAGGGAUACCAGAAUGGCUGAAUGGCUUAGAAUACAUUCCUCAGAGGCUGAAAAAUCUGAACGAAAUCAACAAGCUGCUUGCACACCGACCUUGGCUGGUUUCCAAAGAGCACAUUCAGAAACUUGUGAAGACAGGGGAAAAUAAUUGGUCUCUUCCUGAACUGGUGCAUGCUGUGGUCCUUUUGGCACAUUAUCACUCCCUGGCAAGUUUUGUUUUUGGCAGUGGCAUCAAUCCCGAGAGAGAUUUUGGGACCUCCAACGGCUAUCGACUCAUAUCAGUUAACCACUUCUGCGUCUGUGAUCUCGCCAAUGACAACAACAUUGAAAACGCAGCCCUCAAAAGUAACAGCUUUGGGCUCUCCGAUUCAUUAAGUGAGCUGGAGGCCUUGAUGGACAGAAUGAAGAGGCUGCAAGAGGAGGACGAAGCUUCCCCAGAAGAAAUGGAUACACGCUUUGAGAAAGAAAAAUCAGAGAGCCUACUAGUUGUUACUGAAGCCUUUGAUGACGAAUUAAUUUCCAUGGGUGAUGUUUCCUGCUACGUUGAAGACCCCGGGUUUGGCUAUAAAGAUUUUGCAAGACGGGGGGAAGAUCAUCUUCCAACAUUUCGAGCCCAGGACUACACUUGGGAAAAUCAUGGAUUCUCCCUUGUGAACAGACUGUAUUCUGAUAUUGGCCAUCUCCUGGACGAGAAAUUUCGGAUGGUCUACAACCUCACCUACAAUACCAUGGCCAGCCAUGAAGAUGUUGACACCACCAUGUUAAGAAGAGCUUUAUUUAAUUACGUUCACUGUAUGUUUGGAAUCAGAUAUGAUGACUAUGAUUAUGGCGAAGUUAAUCAAUUACUUGAACGGAACCUGAAGAUUUACAUUAAGACCGUGACCUGCUACCCAGAGAGAACUACCAAGCGCAUGUACGACAGCUAUUGGCGCCAGUUCAAGCACUCAGAAAAGGUCCACGUGAAUCUUCUUCUGAUGGAGGCUCGCAUGCAGGCUGAGUUGCUCUAUGCCUUUCGUGCCAUCACCCGUCACUUGACCUGACGGGCUCAACGCGGUCGUAGGAGCUCAACUUCCAAAUGAGACAAGCAGUAAAAUGCUCCCCUUUUUGGGUGGCAUCAGGCCUAUUGGAUUCCGUAGUGUUGAAAGCUGAAGCUGUGUGUCCGGCAGCUGUUUACUGUGCAAUGAUCUCUCGCUCUUUUCUCUGUCCCGUCUUAUCUCUUUCUUGAUGCUUAACUUUACUAGCGAUCCCAAACAUAACACUUGUGGAACGCUUCUCCCGAAGCGGUUUCUCAUUGAAGUAUUGCUUGCAAACUCCUAAGCUGGUUUGUAUCUCUGAUCCUUUGCUGUGUGGUUUUUUUUCCCCCCUUGCGCUAUAGUUAUAGUUGAGGUUCCAACUAUCGCACCCGGCCUCUCCUGUAGACGGUAUCGUGCACGGGAUUUGUCUUGUCUCUUCUCCCCUCUUUCUUUUUGCUCUUUCUGGAAUAUUAACAUUUCCCUUAAUACAGUGUACGCUACGUUUUAAGCUGAAUCGCUCAGUUAGCUUGUUCUCGCAUAUCUCCCAAGAAAUGUUAAUUCUUUGCCGGUAGUUUGGAGGUCGUGUGGAAAUGAAUGCAACUAUUGUGUUUGCCUUUUUUUUUUUUUUUUUAAGAAAAAUGUGAAAGCAACUGUGGCAAACCCCCGCGGCCAUGCUACUGACAACACGGCAUUGGAAGACUGUUUUCCUGAAUGCAGUGAUUCUUCCCCUAUCCAUUUCAACUGUACAGGUUCAGGGACGGCCUGCCCUCUUUGGCCUCUGUGAUUGUGUCGCUUCCUGCCUCUCCCCGUGCGCUGGAGGUUCUUGGCAACCCAGGGUCAGCAACUCAGUUUUAACUUUGGCAUGUGUGGGGAUUAUUUUUUUUUUUUUUUAACAAGGUCACUUUGUAACUUAACUGGCGCACGGAUCAGGCAGUACAAGUUCAACCCACACUGCCUGAUCAAAAGGAAAAAGAGACCUACACAAAGUUAAGUUGCUUUGGUCCAAAUUGGAAAGUUUGUGUUAACUCGUAUCGCCGGAGAGUUGAGGCCAGCCCUGUUUCUCCUCCUCUUCAGUUCCUCCAACCAUGUGCACCCGAAGCAUGGAUUCUUUUGCUGAUCUGUAGCGGUUUCCCUGAAAAUUUCACGUUAUGCUGCCUUCCCGCUGGGUGAGAUUGUUGUUCCGUCUCGCCCGUUAUUGUGAAUUCUGGUUGACAGUUGCUCCACUAGCAUCUCUUUAAAUUCCCUUGUACAACUUGGAAUCGUUUCUCUUGAGAUGCCACCCACCCCUUCCACAAGCAGGGAAAAUGCUUUCGUGAAGUUAAAUCUUUCUUCCAUUGCUGUUUCUUUUUUUUGAAAAAAACAACAACUACUAUAUAUAUAGAAGAGUAAUGACGGUGAUGUUGAUUCAAACUUUUAAGAAAUUUGAUUCCUCUCGUAUUUCCCUGAGUGAUAGUGUCAGAGCAGCUUUUUAUAUAUACAUACAUAUAUAUAUAUAUAUAAUAAUCUAUAUUUUAAAGCUAUGAAUCAUGUUUCUGUGUGUUGUCAUGAGUGAACAAAGGAAGUGCAAUAUUUGAGCAGAAAGGCAAGAUUUUUUCUUUUUCUCCCCUAACAAAAGUCCUGCGGAAAAGUCCUGUUCAGAACAGCAAUUUAUUCUUUCCCAAACAUUGUUCCUAACCUCGGCUUGCUUGCCUUGAACAAUCACCUACUCCCACAUUGCCAAAGCCUCUUAUGAAAACAAAACUGGGGCGGAGCCCAGAUCCCCAUUCGUUUCUGUGGAGCCUCGAUUGCUUCCAAUGGAGACGCCAGGUUGAGUUUCCCGAGAAGUGACGGUGGCAAAAGCGCCACAGUCGCUUCGAAGAGGUGGUACCCAUUGGCGGCUGGCCUUUUUUUGACGGAAAGAUGUGAAUUGCCAAAAAAAAAAAAAAUUAAAAAGAUCCCGUCUCUGUGGUGCUUAAGCACACACUCUUGCAGUUUUAGAGCACAAGUUAUCUCUGUUUUCAAUAGCUUUAAGUGUGUUAACAUUGCGUUUCAGCAAAGUGCCUGAAUACUGACCCACGGAAGCAGUGACUUUUCAGUGAUGGGCUUAUGGCAGGGAACAUUAGUCAUAACUAAGUCCCAUUGAAAUCUUAGCUGCUUUGGCCCAACUGUGACUUUGUCUUGUCAAAGUUGACAACUUGCCCACUGCCUUCGAGUGGACUAAAUCUUUAAGCACUGACCAACAUUUUGGCAACAAGAUUGUCAGUUGUGACUUAACUUCGGCUCGACUUGUUUUGAUGUAGAUUCUUCCCUCACCCACCCACUCACUCACCUUCCCCUUUCCUGGCUGAAGACUGACUCCAGUUUGUUUUUCUGUGCUUUGGAAAUGAACGAAAUGGGUUUUCUAAACGAGCUGUAGAAAACAAAAUAGAAUCGUUUCCCCCCCCCCCCCAAAAAGUGAAAGAUUUUCAUAACGGCUUGUUUUAUAAUAGUACUUUCUGUGUUUAAAAACAAAAUAGACUAGACCAAGGUUAUUUUGUUGAACUUUUCAAAACUUUACUUACCAUCCUUUUUGUGAUAGGAUGUUGUUCUCCUCCCCCACCUUCUCCCCCCCUUUCAGAUGUUGAAAUGAUUGUGUUCACUUUCCUGUGCAGAGUUUUCUUCUGUAUGUGGAACCGUAAGCUAUUUUUGAUAUCAGCAUUCUCUGGGGGAUACAUUUAUGGAUGUAAAUACACUACGGAUUUCUAUCAACUGCAUUGUUGCACAGUUGUGACUUCUCUUCAAGAAAUCUAGAAAUUGUAAAAAACAACCUUUUUUUUUUUAAUCUAGUAUUCCUCAUCCAAUCCAAAAUAUUAUCUCCCUCCUGCUGUAACAUUUUCUGCAGUUCUGCCUCCUGGGUAUACAUUCAGUUGAAUGGAGAGAGCUGUUAAAUUAAACUGGGACAAGAAUGGGGGCUGGUGCAGGCACCAAGCACACACCAACCUACCGUACUUUUCGGAGUAUAAGACACACUUUUUUCUCCCUAAAAGAGGGUGGAAAUGUUGGUGUAUCUUAUACACCGAAUACAGCCAUUUUUGGCCUCCCAAAACCCCCGCCCGCAUGUCCCAUUUUUGCAAAAAACGGGCCUGUUUUUGGCCUCCCAAACCCCCCACAUGUCACGUUUUUGCCCUCCCCGGCCCCCAGGAACACUCUGCAGGCCUCCCAAACUUUCUGGAUGCGCAGAGGGUUUGGGAGUGCUCCUGGGGUCCAGAGAGGGCAAAAACUUUUUUUUGUUUGUUUACCUCUUUGAAAUCUUGGCACGUCUUUUACUCCGGUGUGUCUUAUAGUCUAAAAAAUACAGUAAGCUAAAGUUGUUGACGCUGCUUGACAAACUUCCAAUCCUCCUUCCUUGUAGGUGUAGGUAGCACAGGAAUUUCCUAGGCCAAGGGAGAGUUCUGCCAAUUGCUUUGCUAUGGCAGAGGUUUGGGCACAUAUUGUUAUUCUCUCAGCAUCGGAUCGCUAGAUCCAGAAUCACAUUGGAGCAGUGGGAGAACUGAGACCCUCCCUUCGGAGGGUCAGUAGCCUUUUUUAGCUUUGAGUGGCCUCUGGCUUUGAGCGAGAGUCAUGAUAAAAGUGGAGAAAAAAAACUGGUGAAGACUGGUCUCCCAACAUAGAGCCGCAGACCAACUGGUGGAGAAAAAAGAGAACUAGAAGCAAGGACUGAUGUCUUUCCUUCUAUCUGUCUCUCUUUGCUCUGUACCCUCAAUCAUAUUCUCUCCUCCAGUGGUGGGACUUGAAUAACUUAACCACCCAUUCUGUGGCUGGGUAGGCGUGGCCAGUUGGUCACUCAUGACACCCAGCCCCACCUCCCGGCCACUCGCCUCAAAGGCAGAGGUAGGAUUCAGCCAAUUGGGGCUAAUCCCACCAAUGGCUGGCCCUGGCUCUGCCCCCACCCAUUUUUCGACCUGUUUUUUGGCCCUUUUUCGGGCCAUUUUCAGGCUAUUUUUCGGGCCAUUUUGGGGCUGAAAUGGGUUAAAAAAUGAGCAGGGGCGAGGCCAGCCAGUGGUGGGAUUUGCAGGUUUGUUGAACUGUGGAGAAUCUUAACUACCGAUUCACCUGAACCAGUGUGAACCGGCAGCAGCCCUUCUCUGCUGUCCUCUUUGUCACUAGAUAAGAAAGGGCAUCAGGAGAAACGGCAAGUGAUGGAAUUUCAACCUUCCAUCAGUUGCCGUUCCUCCUGAGAUCCCUUCAAGAGAGGCCCACUGUCCUACUGUUAUGCAGAUCAUCUGGUCUGUCUUAACAGAGAUGAUUACUAUAUGCGAUCUGGUUUGUGUUUUAGGUUUUAAGAGCUUUAAUUUUUUUUUUCAGAGGGAGAUGGGGGUUUUUUUUUUGACCUUUUUAAUGGAAACCGGGGUUCCAAAUUCAGAAGCAGUAAUGUUUUUUCUUCUAAAAAUUUCCUUUUAUUAUAACAAAAUCUCACCAAGAUGCAAAUAGACUUUAUAUUUCUAAGACGGUGUAUAGUUUUUGGUUCCUCCCCCCCCCCCCUUUCCUUAGUGAAAUAUCUCAGUUCUAAAUUCAUCAGCGGAAGCAAAUUUUCACUUGGUCCCUGAUCUUCUUUUGGCAUUUUGAGAAUUGGGAAUUUUCCCUAGAAAUAGAAUGGCAAGCUUAAAUGUUACAAAGCAUUUCCAAGUUCAGACCAGUAUGAUCUGGUGUGAUCAAGUAGAGCGGUUAGAUUUAUCUACAUAAAUAAGUUGUAGUUGUGACAUUGUUUUUUACAUUGUGAAUGUUCAGAAUAGGCAUCCAUUUUUACUUCGUUUUUUUUAUUUGAUGUAUUGCUUAAACUCACAAAUGUGCCAGACUUAUAGGUGUGCAAAAAGGGAGGGGAGGAGGGAAACACAUGAGAAAGGAUCAACUUUUAAGCAUUAAAAUCUAACACAAUUGUUUGUGGCAUAGACAAAGUUUUCUGGUUUGCUUUUGGAUUGCUGUGGUUGUAGCCAUCGGCAGCUGGCAGCCCAUGGACCAAAAUCCGUUCUGUUUUCAGCCAAGGGGCAACCAAGUAACAUCAGCAGUAACAUCACUCUAGAGAGAAGGGUUGGAGAACCUGUGGCCUUCCAGAUGUUACCAGACUACAAUUCCAGGCAUUAUGCAUGACGUAACUGGAGCUAGAAGUAACAUCUGAACAACAUCUGGAGAUUGAUUUUUUCCCCCCAUUGCUGUAGAAUUAGGCAAUCCAGUGAACUUCCCCAGGUAUAGGGGGAGGCAGAGAUUGGGGCUUUGGCUCUAGAUAGGACAUAACAAGGCCCUUACGCAUUUGUUCUGCUAUAUUCUUUGGGCAAAAUCUAAAUUGAAUUACUUCAUAAUUUCUCUCCCACACCUCAUGCACUGAGUUUAUUUUCAGGAUGGGAGAGAUCGGUUUACAAUUCAUCAACAAUUGGCCAAGAGAUAGCAUUUCAGUAAAUGGGGAGAAUUAUAAUUUGAAUGUGCACGUAGCUAAUCUCUGCAUCAUAAGAACACCGAAUCUGCAACUGAAAUAAGCCAUACUUACAUUAAAUAAUGGGCUUUAUGGGAAUGUUUUAGUAGCUGACACAUCAGAGGAGAUGCCAAGUUUCAAACUGAACAAUUCAGCAGCCCGAAUGUAGCCAUGUAGAUUUCCAGACCUCUUACGUAUUUCUAUUCCACGUCUAGAUUCAGCUUCAUCUUAGAAAGGGCCAUUCUGGUUGUUACUGAGCAUCAGGCCCCACUCAUUCCUCCUGCCAGCUGGGGAAUUCUGGGAGUUGAACUCCAUACAUCUUAAAUUUGCCAAGGUUGAAAAACACUGGUCUAAGAGUUUCUGGACCGGGGGCCCUUUAUCAUAAGAGAUGAUCAAAUAAUAAAUAUUUCUUUAAACCAGACUGACCCCAGUUGGAACCUUUUAAUUUGUAAAAAAAAAAAAAUGAACAAAUUCGCUUUGCAAUUCCGUUUGAUUUUUCAACCUUUUUUUAUAGAAUGGGGAGGGGGGGCUGUCAUUUUAAUGUAAUGUUGUAUAUGUGCUUUUUCUUUCUACUUAUAUAAAGAGGCCAGUAGGACUGCUUUUUUUAAGAAGCAUAAGUGCAGGAGAGAUUUAGAUAGGUAGGAUUUUUGAUUCAAGGUCUUUUUUUUUUUUUAACAUCCAUCCUUUGAACUGAAAAGGAGAAUCCCAGGAAUUCUUUGUUCUGCUAUCUGUGAAAAAAAUUCAAAGCAAAGUUUCAGUGCACAUGAGCUCUUCUUAAGUGCUUUUGUUCAGGUGUGCUUUGAUCAUAAAAGAGGGGUGACUUGCUUUAAAAGGGCACACAUGGUGGCAAGGAAUUACUUAGAAGAUCAGAUUGUCCCGGCGAGAGUUUUGCACAGAACUGCACAAUAGACUUUCCACCUUGCCAGAUCAGCAGUGCGUAUAUUUCCCUUUUGAAGAGAAGACAUGGCGACUGUCAAAAGACGGUAUGUCUGUGGAGAUUCUCAAUCAUCCAGGCAGGGGUGAGCUUCAAAAAUUUUAGCACGGGGUUCUCUGCCUGGUUGCUGGGUGGGCGUGGCUAUGGUGGGUGUGGCUAAUUGGCCUCCUGCAUCACAGUAGGGAGGGUGUUUUUGCCCUCCCUGGGCUCUGGAGGCUUUUCUCAAGCCUCUGGGAGGGCGAAAACGACCUCCCGGGCUCCAGAGGCCCUCUGGAGGCUGAAAACAGGCCCAUUUCUGGCCUUCCCAAACUUCCGGUAGGCCCAUUUUUCACCCUCCCCGAGCCUCCACGCACACCCUGCGCUUGUCUGCAUCCAAAACAGGCCGUGUGGAGACUCCUGGGAGGGGCGGGGCCAGCCAGGAGUGGGAUUUGGGGGUUCUCCAAACUGCACAGAAUCUUAGCUAGAGGUUCUCCCAAACCUCUGUGAACCCCCAGCAGCCCAUACCUGCAUCCAGGUCAUGGUUGUCCUAAAGGUGCUUUUUUCCAAAAGGCAACUAGACUUCCUUGGUUUCUUCUUUGAAAACGUUUCGCUAAAGAAGAAGUUUCUUGGAUGAGAAGUGAAACGUUUCCAAAGAAAAAAACAAAGGAAGUCCAGUUGCCUUUUUGGAAAAAGCACCUUUGGGACAACGGUUGAAAGAUAUAUUUUUUUCUGAUCAGGUGGAGAAAUCUGUAUGUGGAAAUAGUUCCUAUUUGGAGCAGAAGCUACAUAAUUCUUAGUCUGGGUAAAAAUUUCUUCUCUCUGAGGUUGUGCUUUUUAAAAAAAAGCCCUUUCUGUAUACAUGCAUGUUUCAAGAUCUUUGAAAUUAGAGUGAUUAGUUAUUUGAGGAAAUGCUGGCUGGGGAUGAUGGUAGUUGAAGUCCAACCUGACCAGAAGGGGGACCAGGAAAAGGAAAGUUGACUCAACCUCUUGCAGGGUACCUCUUGUCUCAGAGUGUGUGAACUUGAAAGAAGGAGAAAUUGCCACAAAAGAUCUUAAGGCUUCCUGACUAAAUGAAUCAGGAGAGGUCAGCAUAGAAAAAAGAUGGUGGUUAGAUCUAGAUUGCCUUUGAUCUUAUGCACUUCAGCAGCCUCCAAAUAAAGCUAGAUUUGCUGCUUGUAGUUGCUGCAAAAUUUUUAACCAGGGAACACCCAAAGCUUAGAUUCCUAUAAAACAAGAACUUCAAAAAUUGAAUAAUAUAUUCUUUUACUUGUUUGUAGACUGAUUGCAACAUGUGAUUAUACACACACACACACACACACACACACACACACAUCAUUUGGAAUUAGACUGAUUGGCAACAUGUGAUAUAUAUAUAUAUAUAUGUUUUUCUGAGGUUUUCGCGGGUGUUUGUAUGUAGCCAAAGACCUACAUAUAUAUAUAUAUAUAUACAUACACACACACACACACACACACACACACACACACACACACACACAAAUGAAUUUGGUGCUCUCUUCUAAACCUGACUUGUAUCAAGUUGUGGUUGGAUGAAGACUUGAGGCAAGUGGUCAAACAUAUAAGGGGAGCGAGAUUUCACCAAAAGCACGCUUUACUUCUCCCCCCACGCCCCACCCCACCCCAACUUGUCCUCCAGCAGCCCUGCCAAAACCCUUUUCACAUCCAUGUGAAGAUGGGUCUUUCCAAUAUAACUUCAGAGGCAAAGAAACCGUGGAGCGCUCGGCUGUGUAUGUAAAUUCUGCUGAAUUGUUCACUCGCAAAAGGAUAGAAACGAUCCAGGAGAAUCCUUCAGAAAGUCCUUAACGCUCCUCAGCACCACAUCCCCCAAUGGCCUUAUUACAAUCCCAAUGGAUGUGGGCCUGGUUAAAGCACACACACACACACACACCCCAAAAAAAUAUCAAAAUAAGCAGGUCAUCACAAUCUGGACUUUCCCAGACUUCCACUCUCCAGAUGUACUGAGACUAACCCUCCAAAGCCUGUCUAGAGAGUGGGAAGGCUGGUAUAAUCCUCCUUGAUGUUCUCUGGGACAGAAACAAAAUGGUGCCUGAAUGUAUGCCGAGUGGCCCAGCCAACAGGCUCUUGAGAUUGAAGUUGCAUGUACAAACAUCUAGUUGCACUUGAUGAAUACUCAAAAAAAAAAAUUUUAAAAAUGAAAUCACUUUUUUCCAAUGGGCUUUUUGGGGAAACAUGUCUUCUCCUCCCAUUAAAUGUAGUGUAUUUCUAGAAGCUGUGAUAGGCCUUUGCGGUCCUUGACUUUGUUACUGUAACUUUUUUUUCCCCUUCACUAUUUUGUGAAAUGUAGAGUGGCAGCCAAGAAGUGAGGUGGGAUUAUGUCCACCUUCAGUUGUGUACUGUGUUAUGGCUGUACGUAGAUUAAGCUGAUAUUAUUUAGAAUUUCCACAGCUGUAUUAUGUAUGUGUAUUUGGGUUGUGUUUGUGUGUGCGUUCUGCUCCGUGGGGAGAGAAUGAAGAUGUGUCUGUGGGUUUAAGCUUUUUAGGGUUUGGUGUCUCUGGGUUUUUUUAUAUUAUAUAUAUAUAUAUAUAUAAGUGACUCAAUAACCCGUAACCAUUUAAAACUGUCCUUUCCUAUUAAUUUGAGAUCAUGUGUUUAGUAUGGGUAAUGUGAACUUAUGUAUGUGGGAAGAGACAAAAUCAUUUGUACUGCUCUAAUCCUGUGGGGUUAGCAAUAUAAGAAUCCAGGUAGAGAUUCCACAUAGGAAUGCCUCUUCAUGCUUGCUUGAAAAUGUCGUAGGGAAAAAUGAGAAUUGAAAUCUCAGCUUCUGCUUGCAUUUAAGAGAAACCACGAUACAGGGCAGAAAAUGUCGAAGGGUGAGCGCUAGAGGGAAGUCUAUGGUCCCUUUCCCUUUUCUCCCGCUGUCCAAAGUUUAUCUCCAAAAAGAUUUAUCCAACGUGUGAGAAGAGCAGGAGUUUUGGGUACUUUCAGAUUUCCCCGGAGCUAGAAGUAAGGAAGUAGACAAAAAUCAAAACAAAUCUUUGAUUGGCUGCAAGGAUGCUCCAAUAUAGCAUCACCUGAGUGACCCAUAUCUGGCCCACCAGUUGCUUGUAACUGACCAACAGGCUUUUCCACCAAUAGUUUAAUCCUAGUAAAAGAGGGUGAAAUUGGGAGGAAUGGAUUUUUAUAGUGUUCAUAUGGUCUUGGAUAACUUUGAUUCUGUUACCUCAGGACGUGUUUGAAGUUAUUCCAGAGCAACAAAAAAUUGACUGGGGUGUCCCUUUCCUACACUCCAAAAAUAUAAAUAUCACAGGAAUAACUGAUAUUUGUGGGCUUUAGAUUACCCUUAAUAACACCAGCAAAAUGAAGAUAGCAACAUAGACCCAUUUUUUUUGAAAAUGUGCAGAUUUAAGAUUCUAACCAAGACUUUAGCUUAAGUUUUCUAACCCAAGAUGCAUAUUGGACAAGCCAAUCCUACUGGAUCUAUCUGUGUGACUUACAUUUUUUUCCCUGUCUUUCUUGGUUUAAGCUUUUAGUUACUCAUUUUGAAUUGUAUUUGAGCAGAUCCAGAAGAAGAAAAAAAUUCUAGUGAGCUGAAACUGAAAUGUAUUUUUCAAUAAAGUAAUAUGUGUGUGCAUAUUAACCUGUUAACAAGCAAUUCAUAAAAUCUGCACUUUUUAUGAGGUUUUCAAGAAAAAAAAUCUAUUUAUAGGUACGGAAGAGUGGGGUUUGUUUAAACUGUAUAGCAUUUAUACUUGCUGAAAUCUCUUUCAUUGUUAUCAGCAGGAAUUUUACUGGUUCAAUAAAACUGGCAGAAAAACCCC